AUGAGCACGGGUAGCCCGGGUGAAACCAAACGGGAACGGUUUGUGAUGUUCGAAGCAUUUACGCUUGGCUCUAUAUUCGUCAUCGCAGCAGUAGGGAUAGGAGUUGGUGCAUAUCUUCACGUCACUGUUCACAGCCAUAAUUCCUGCUCAAUGACGUUCAUGUACAGAAAACUUCAGUUUUUGGAUAUUCCUGUACCAGAUAAUGAAGUCAGUCAUUAUAGUCUUUCCGUUUACAAUGAAGGGUAUCGUUGGUGGAAUCGGAGCACGAUCGACAUCAAUCAGAUUCCAGUUCUAUUCAUCCCUGGUAGUCAAGGAUCUGCAAAACAAGUCCGAUCGAUCGCAUCCGUGAUGCAGAAUAAGACUGAAAUGAGACAAUCGGUGUUUUCGUUUCGAUUCUUUGCUGUUGAUUUCGACGAGGAGAAGACUUUCAUGAAUGGGCACACUGUCAAUCGUCAAUUGGAUUAUGUUAUGAAAGCUAUUCGAAAAAUACAAUCAUUAAUGCGCGUGAAGAGAAGGAUCGUGCUUAUAGGACAUUCAUAUGGAGGAAUGGUCGCUCUUCUCACAACUGUUCAUCCAGAUUUUCAUGAUGAUAUCGAACUAGUGAUUGUGAAAGGAGCUCCUAUCACCAAAACACCAAUUCUCAAUGAUUGGACUACACUUCGACUCAAUAAGUUACUCACCACGAAAUGGGAUCUACUUCAAGCAUCUGAUCUGAAGCACGUUGGAGUAGUGGCUUACACAGGAGGGCUUCGUGACUUUCAAAUACCUGAUGAGUGGUCGAUAAUGCGAAAUGUUACACAUCGUCCGAUUUGGGCAGUCGGUGGGGUUUCCGAUCUCGGUGCGGAUCAUUUGGCGAUUUUAUGGUGUAACGAGUUUGUUAGGCACGUCUCUCGCGUUUUGUAUUUUUACGGAGAGCAUUUCAACAAAUGGACUGGCCGUAGAGUGGUUCAAACUUUCUAUAAGGAUGAAAUGGAUUCGAAUAUCAAGCAGGCUAAACUAGUCCGUCAUAUUGAUGAAAUCCCAACAAAAGAAAUUCAAAUUGGAAAGCAGUACGAGAAACUUCAUAUCCCAGAAGAGCAAUUCGUUCUUCUCCUCAAACCUGAAAGAUUCCAAGUCUUUUCAGUCAGAGUCAAUGCGACGUGUGUUAACUCUAUGAUUACUGUACGUCACCAUGAGUCAAUGAUGCACUUCGAAAACGCAACUGACGGAGUCGUUCAAACAUGGAUAUAUCGCGCAGCUGACAAAGAAAAAGUUCGCUUUCUUCUAAAUGUCAACGCGCCAUGCCAUGUCGACGUUCAAAUGACGAACUCUCUCAUAAUUUAUCUUUGGCGAUUCUACGAGGUAAUGUUCUCUCAUUUGAAUGAAGUUGGUGCUACAUUCAUAACCACUUCUUGUUUCUUCGCAAUCCUACUUCGUGAACCACCAUUACGGUCAGCUGGAGUCAUUGGUCUCAUCAAUGUAGCUGCUCUUGGUGCCGUUCUUCACGGUACUUUGGAUACAUCUGAUACUAUGGCACUUCCAAUGGCUAUAGGAUACUUUAUGGCGCUCGGAUACAGAUUUCUGUGCUUCCUGGUUGAUGUUCUGAUUCUUUCCAGACUUCAGUUUUUGAAAGUUGCUCACAAAGCAUUUAGAGAUGAUAUGCUUAUCAAUGGAUUAUUUUUCAUUGGUUCUGCGUUAACAAUCACUGCAAGCAACGAGGGAGCAAUCUUCUUGAUUGUUUGUAUGGCAUUCCGUCAUCAUCCAAGGGCCGUUCUUCUCGUGGCACCGGCGCUUGUACCUCACAUUCUGAAGCUUGUGGGUGUCCCAUUGUUCACAAUUGAUUCUAUAACGGUUCACGGUCUUCAAUAUCAUCCCGCCUUUUACACUUUCUUGAUGUAUCUAUGGGGACUAUUCUCAACUCUACACGUUGGAGAAGUAACGAUGCGAGUUAUGAUUUACGGAAUUACACCAGCGUUCCUUUAUCUCGUCUCGUCGCCACUGGAACUUUAUUCAGGAUUUGCUCUCCUGAUUCUCAGUUGUGCUCGUUUUGUGUCAUAUUCCACACGAAGGCCGCCAGUCGAAGUGACGUCACCAGUUACAGCUUCAGAAGCUUCAAGAUCAUACACAGAGCAACUACAACAAGAUCAGCGUCAGAAGCAAACCUACAAUUUCCGAAACAGGAAGAAUUUUAUGUGUCUUAUAUAUAGUUUUCGAUUCGAGAUCGUAUCAACUUUCAUUGAUUUCUUUGCACUCGUACCGCCAUAUCGUGUGCUGAUGGAUGAAAAGGAGAAAGCGCGGGCAUUCAAAGAAUUCUUCACAAGUAAAACGCGAUGGGUCGGUUUUAUAGCAAUUGUUCUGUAUUUGGCAGUUGUUGUAUCUACAUAUCAUUUCUCUCCAAAAUCAUUUAUCAAGCAUCGAGAUAGUUUGAACUGCCAGCCACUGAAUUUCACGGAUCACAUCUCCAUGAAGCCAUUGCUUCGUGGAUAUGGAAAAUUAAAAACAUUCGAGUUGAUGGAAUUCGUUUUACCAGAAGAUGCCCAUGAGAACGAAGUACCUGUCAGCACAAUAGAAAAAAGCAUAGAACAAAAGCCAACGGAGCAUGAAAUGGAGCCUACACUUGACGGAAAAAAGUCUAAUAACAAGGAGGCUAACAUAACCAGCGAAAACAAAAAUACCAAUAUCACCUCCCACGACGAGAAUGUCAAGACCACAUCAGUUGCUAUAACAGAAAGCAAACACCCGAAGAAGACUCGUACAAUUCCAGUCCUUUUCUGGCCUGGUGAUAAAGAUCACGUGGAUCGUCAUCUAUUUCUUGCUAAGCUAAUGCAGAAACGGACAAAGAAGUCCAGUUUCCGAUUCCGCUUUUAUUCCAUGGAUUUGCACAUGAGUCUGAUAUGGUAUAGCCUUUAUACCAUAGAAAACCAUAAUAUGUUGAUAAGUUAUUCGCUGGAGGAGAUACAGAAAUUACAUCCUGAUGAAAGGCCUCUACAUAUGUCACAUGGUUUAGGUUCGGUUCAUGCGAUUCAGACAGUGAUGAUCGAACGGGAGAGAUUCAGAAAUAAGUCAAACAAUUUUGAAAAUGUGCCAGUGGAUGACGUUACACCAGGCAUGAUGAUAUUCGAAUCUUCUCCGUGGCUACUGCCGGGUCACUAUGAGAACACUCCGAUGUCUAGAAUGCGUACACUCAUGUUCGCAUUUCGCAACGAUACGUACAAAACGGGAGCGGUCUCAUUUGAAGCAGGCUUCGACGACACAACUGCUGAUCCUUCCUGGCUACAUAGAAAAAAUGCACAACGUAUUCCGGUUUGGACGAUCGAUGAUGUACCCGACAAUGGUCUAACAGGAAAUCGAAUGGCUAAAUGCGCACCUUACUUGGAUACUGUAGCAGAUUUUCUCAUGUUCUAUGGAGAGCGAAGGGAUCGAGAAACUGGAAAGUCUGUCGCGGAAACUUUUCAUGAUGUUUGGGAAAGUAGAAAACGAGGACCUCUUCCGAACGGAUGGGAGAAAGACAGACAGAAGGGAGCUGUUACAGUGCAAGUUGGCGAGAAACACAGUAUCACGGUAAACGGUGUUCAAUGGAUUGAUGUGGAUGUGCAGCGGAACAAAUCUAUCAUUCUCUAUAUUACGGGACCUUGCCUUACUGCUGCAACCAUCAUACGAGGACAUAAAUUCAUUAAGCGAAAAGACGAGUUGAUGAAUGGAACUGGUUUUGAGUUUGGGAUUUACCAGCUCAAGCCAUAUGAAGAUGUGAAAUUGCUUCUAGAAUCCAGCAUAACGUGCAGUAUCACUAUUGAAACAAAUCCCUGGUGGCUGGAAUACACGCAAAAGUUCUACUAUGCACUAGUGUUUGAUCCAUACCAUUUCUGGGUUGGUGCUCAAAUCACUUCCACCCUCCUGGCCUUUUUUGAAUGCGAAAAAAGAUCGUUUCGUUUGGAACAUCAAUUGUACAUCUACGUAUUCUUCAUUGCUGCUCUUUUUUAUCACACAUUAUACACGUACGGAUUUCAACUACCUGGCUUGAUUUGUGGAGCUGGUUUCGCACUGUCUAUUCAUUUCGUGUGCAGCACCUUCGAUGACCUAGUCUUGAUAAGGUGGACAACGACUAGUCUUGAUGCUUACUAUCAUAGGAGAUCCCAUUUUUCUGCAUUCUUAUGCCUCGCUCUUCUCGCGUCUGUGCUCUCCACCGGACUCAGUACCAUGAUGGUUCUCGUUCUGUACAGUCUGGAAAACCGAGCAUUUUUAGCGAUUCCUACGUUGGUAACUCAUAUUCCAAUACUAUAUCGGAUUUGGUACAUCCCGUUUGUCAUGGAAUAUGAGCCGAGAUUGUGUGGUACAUUGCUAUUUUCCAUAUUAUGUUAUGUGGAGUACAUGUUUGGUAACAGUUUUUGGGGAAGGGUUGAAAGAGAUCGGUCAUUGCUCGGAACACUAGCAAAGCGCCUCAGGCAGUCUCUACCCGAACGAUUUUCUCGUCGCGAUAUUCGGAUGUGUCUCUACCCCGUUUUGCUCUUCAUUUUGGUAAAAGAACUUACUCUGGAAUGGAUCUACGGACUCGAGAUUUUCCUCGUGGCACUCAAUCGGAAAUGCCAACGACACACACCAACUCAGCUUCGUCAAAAUCCGAUCGACUUACAAGAAUUGGAAGAAGAAUAUCUUGAACAAGAAGACGAAGAUUAG